CGCCUCCUCCUUCUUGUCUUUGUCCUCCUCCUGGCGGCCUUCCACCUCGCUUAGGUCUCAGGCUAGGCCCAUUCUUCUCACGCUGUUGUAGGACCCAGUCUGCUCAGCCCAGAUGGAAGCCAUGCUAAUGUCAGUCUCGUACGACGACAAAAGGGCCGAUUACGCGAGCCGAGGGAGCAGCACGCGACUGUCAUGGAGCAGACUAGCGGAAGCGGGGGAAUACGCGUCUAGGCACAAGAGGCCAGCGACAUCACCACUAGCAUCAUCACCACUAGCAUCAUCAUCGGAGGCGUUCCCGGAGGCGGCAGCAGCAGCAGCAGCAGGCACACUAAUCUCACAUCUCCAGUGCCCAUCUACAGCCACCCCCGGCGGCAGUGCCUGUCCUGAGAACAAGACGCAAAACACGCAUUGCACUCGGAUAAGGCAUCUCCCACUCAGGUCCUUGCCAGGGUCAUAUAGAUCCUCUGCGCUCCUCCUAUCUAUUCGCCCGCCCCCUCCUACUUCUUUCUCUCUUACCCUACCACCUGUCCGUCGUCCUCUGCCUCACACAAGCCUGAGCGGCUCCCUCUACAACUCGUGUGCUCGCAUCGCAACGCUGAGCCCAGCCAUAUCCUAUCCAGGCUAGUAUCUCAACAUCACCUUCUGCCUGUGCUCAAGCUUGAGUCUGUCCAUCUCACCGCUCACCAAGCAGCAAGCCCCGCGUGCAGCGCCCUUUGCUUUGCCCUCGGGCAGCAGCGGCCACGGAGGGUUGCUAGCAAGCAAACGACGCCUUCAGAUCCCAUUGACUUGGGUCUGUUGCGCUCCGAUCGUCUACUGCGUCUUCUACACCAUUGGACAAGAUGCCUCAGAUGAUCACAGAGCCCAC